GUUAGCAUUCACCCUCAAAAAGAAACGUGAAUACGGAGAUGUGUGUUAAUAUGCCACCAGAUUGAUGAGUUGUUACCUGAACUCUCGUCCAGAUACGCCUUUUUGGACUAUCCAUCCCCCUGAAAGUGUUCUUAAAAGCGAUUGCCAAUGCCUCCCUUGAUCUCAGUUUUCUCUGACUCGGAGAGUCCGGAACCUUCACCUAUCGAAUCUUCUGAUUCCCCCAGUCCAGAACCUUUACCUGUCGAAUCGUCUGAUUCCCCCAGUCCAGAAGCUCUAUUUGUUGAAUCCUCUGGCUCCUCGAGCACCGGAUCUCUAUCGGUUGAUUUCCAUGGUCCCUCUCGCUCUCGGGAGAACUAUGAUCGGUCGCAGGUAGCUGAUCAACCACGUUUGCCCUGGGAAUGGAAUCCGAGGGGUAAAACAACAGAACUCUACACCCACACGGCCGUUGGGAAGUGGUGGUUUCAUGGGAAGAAGGACAUUGAACGUCUCAAUCCCAACAAGCGGCGUGAUAUUAGCCAUAUUGGUCGGAUUAUGGAGACCGAGUUAGGAGAGCAGUUAUUUGGGGAUAAUAGAUGCACUGCCUGUCAAUUCAACAAACAGGAAUGUUGGGUUUAUUCGACAGAGGGGGCUCAGCAGAUUAGCCGGCCAGGGGAUUCCUGUGCUCGCUGCCGAUUGAGUGCUCGUGCUGGGGGCUGCAGUCUAUCCAAGCGACGUAAACGGGUCAUUGAGCCACCUGAAACCGGCAAUAGGGGGUUUGUGCCUAUUCAAAAACGCAUGCGUUAGACUCGGAUCGUAUGACAUUUUUGUCUUAUCAAUUGCAUAAACUUCAUGAAUUAAGCAUCAACUAUGUACAUACUUGAUGGCAAGCGGGUUUGCCAUAGGCCGAAUGCUUCAGAGUGUCUCAGAAGGUUUGAACUGCAAGAAAUUCCAGGCAUCAAUCAAUAUGUUGCGAUUUACCAGGUUUAUAGUACGUAUACUUAUCGUACACAGCG